UCGUGCUGACACUCGCCAACGAACACCCAAUGUUUACUUCUCCGGCAUGUCUCCUGUACCCGGGAAGAAGUAAUGCUUUUGUUUCUUGAAGAUCAUUUUCUGAUAAGUCUGUUGAAAAGCCAUGUUCGCACGACAUAGAUGCAGAUUGCUGUACGGAUAAUGCAUUAGCCAACAGCAGUUUGAACAGCUGGACCGCUUCCUUUGGGGCAGCGAGCUGUUGUCGACAAUUGCAGGUCUUCUCCGGCUCCAUGAUGGCGAUGUUUCGGAGCUUUGUCUCGGCGGGCACCCAGCUCCGCCAGCAGCAGCAGCAGCAGCAGCAGCAGCCGCUCGGCUCCGGCUCCGGCUCGUUGGCGGCUCCGGCGGAGGGCGUUGAGUGCCAGUUCUCCUGCCCCAUCUGCCUGGAGGUCUACCACAAACCCGUCAGCAUCGGCAGCUGCGGUCACACGUUCUGUGGGGAGUGUCUACAGCCAUGUCUUCAGGUAACGUCGCCCCUCUGCCCUCUCUGUCGUGUACCCUUUGACCCCAAGAAAGUGGAGCGUUCCUCCAGUGUGGAGAAGCAGCUGUCCUCAUACAAAGCACCCUGCAGGGGCUGUAGCAAAAAGGUGGCUCUGGUAAAGAUGAGGUCCCACAUUGCUUCCUGUUCCAAAGUACAAGAGCAGAUUGCCAACUGUCCUAAGUUUGUCCCUGUGGUGCCCACCUCCCAACCCAUUCCAAGCAAUAUUCCAAACCGGUCCACAUUUGUGUGUCCGUUCUGUGGGGCCAGAAACCUGGACCAGCAGGAACUUGUUAAACACUGUAUGGACAACCAUCGUAAUGACCCUAAUAAAGUGGUGUGUCCGGUGUGUUCAGCCAUGCCAUGGGGUGACCCCAGCUAUAAGAGCUCCAACUUUCUCCAGCAUCUUCUCCAUAGACAUAAGUUCUCAUAUGACACCUUUGUUGAUUACAGCAUUGAUGAAGAGGCAGCACUGCAGGCAGCUCUGGCACUGUCACUGGCUGAAAACUGACAACAGUCACACCACUGUCAUACUCAUCCCUCUGCAUUGCUGCUGUUCCUCCACGGCUCAGAGAGUAUCACCCAGUCAACAGACACACCUCACCCAGCGAGGUUCAUACUGUCUCUACUGGACCCUCAUCACGGAGGAGUCUACUCAGCUUGGUGAUAACCUCACUUUUUUCCGGGUGUAGCAGUACAGACAGUUUGCUGCACUACAAAACAAAAGAAGACAAAACAUUCUAGGGGUUGGGAAGGAUACAGUGACUGUGUCAAAUGUUAAGUUGUUUGGACCAAUUCAACCAAAACUCAUCAUUCACUGAUGUUAUAAAUCCCAACCUACAGCUUGGAAACAGUCCAUUGAUGUACAGCUUCACCUGACCAUCUGGACCACCACAGCAUGAAGGGCUACCUCCCUGGAAAAAAAAAGUCUUGUCUGUGAGUUUAAAACAUGUUGCUGAUUAUAAAACCCAAUUAGUGGUUCAGGUCUAUGACUAGAACCAUUUCUGGUCACAGGCCUGUGACUUCACUUGCUAUGAAAUCCUGGCUGCUGGUUCUCACUGAGAAACUUGGUUGAUGCUCAGGGACACAGGCUCCAGUUUCUUCUAUAGAAUGGUCUGCAGCAACCAACCUGAAACAGGCAAAUUCACUUAAAAAACUUUCAACAGCAAGUCAGCCAGGUUUAAUUGUGAAGCAUUUUGCAAAGAUGAAGAUAAAACAAAGUAUAAAACACAAUGAAUCAAUAACCAACAACUCCAGAGCCACACUUGCCCUUCAAACACAAUCACAGUAAUCAUAGAAGCAGCACUGACAGGCCUGCUGAUAUACACAGCAGAGGAGUUUGCCCUGUUGCUCAGGAAUGAAAGGCUUGCAGGUGACUUGCUGCCGUGAGCCAGUUGAGGUACUGGCCCAUUGCAAAAACUGCAGUGGUACUGUUCAUAACUUCAAAUGGCCGUGGUCAGUAACCUGUAGAUAAGGAUCCUCCCUAACAGACAGCAACAGAACGCUUCACACAGAGAGACUGAAAUUCCUUAGAUUUUAGGAUUGGUUGGUAAUAAAAUCAGGCUGAAUUCUCUUUCUAUCCAUUAGCUGUUUAGUUUCACUGGAGUAACCUAGUGGAACCAGACCAAAAGAGGGAAUUUGCUCAUUUGAACUGCUCCAUACAGUCAUGCUGGCUGGGCAAAUCCCAUUUAAGCUUGACAGUGCACUUUAGACUGGCAGUUGUCCCUGUAAUAACACAAGCAGAAAAAUAUUGUGAGUAUUGUGUUGAGUAUCUACACCAGCAAACAGAUACGUUUUACGAUAUACUGUGUAUGGAUUAUGUUUUUUAAGUAUAAAUAUGAUACUGACAGUCAGAUAACAGGAAUAUAUGAAAAUUGAAACGGCAAAAAUAAGCUCUAAAGUAAAGUUAAAGUUUAGUUACUGAACCAUUCCAUAUAUGUUCAGUGAAUGAACUGGAAUAUGUCAUUGAAAAGUCCCAUGAGCUACAGAUGUUACAUUAGUUGGAUAAACCACUAAAGAGAUGUCCAAAAAUGAUUGAUGAUUGACUAUAAUGAAGUCAUGAUAACAGUAGCUAACGGCUGGUAGAGGGGCAGCCCAUCCAGGUUAGCAUCUUUUACUGAGUUCCACCUUUUCAGUCAAGUUACUGCCAGCUUUGGACAUAAAGCUGUGCCACACCACUGUGAAACUAAACCCUCUGUCUUCCCACUCAUAUUCUCAGGCAUCUUUUCCCAUCCAAAAGAACCUAUAGUAGUAUAAUAAAAAGCAACAAUUUUAAAAACAAAUCAAUUACAAAACAUAUAGUAAUAAUAAUGAUAUUAUAUAAAAAAUAUUGAUUUAGGACAGACCCAAUUAAUGCUGUCCACAUUCAUGUUUUGAGAUGGAACGUAUGUUUCAUCUUCUGGAAAUAAUGUCUGCAUAGGUUUAAGUGAACCAUCUGUGGCACUAGACAUACAUCUGUGUACAUAGACCCUCACUGUAGUAUGAACAGAACAACAUUCACUGCCCAUAGUCAUGUUUGCUUUGGACUAAAUCUUGCCCUGUAGCCUGCUGUAGUCUCUUAUUGCUAAACAUACGUAGACCCCUGGUUUCCUUGGCUCAUUGUCAUCUCAGUGCUUUACCUGAAGGCUCAGUCACAAAAUGUAAACAUGAAAGCAUACAAUCGGUGUAGAGCUAUGCCUUGGCCCAGUGAUGGUAGUGUAACUGGUCAUGCUCAGACUUGAUGUCUGAUGCUGACAGUUUUCAGAAUUGGCAAUAUAAAAGUUACUCUAAAGAGAACAGCAUUGUCAGAAUAACCAGAUUUUCUAUAUUUAUCCAUGGCACUUCUGUCAGUAAAGUGUAGUGGAGCUGAACAUCCAUAGUGGUUCUUUAGCCACAUCCCAGACCAGCUGGAUUCACUGGUAAAGUGACCAAUCCUAAAUGCAAGUAUGACAGUUCCCAUUUUUUUUAUUCAUGUGAAUAUUUUUACUUGUCAACAUUUUUUUCUACUAGAGAGACCUGUGGAUAUUGGUUGGAAAAAAUCUGAAAGAAUGCAAGUGUUAGAUGGAGGCCUAACCUCCAUUUUACUGUUAUCUGGUUCUCCAACUCUUGCUACAAGGAAUAUUUUUAUGAUGCAAAUGCCAAGACAGGUUUUAAAAGAUAUAUUUUUGGAAACUGUUUCUGUUUAAAACCACUGGACUAGUAUCCGACAUAGGUCAAAUACAAGUCUGCAACCUUUUGGGGACAUUGAAGUUGAUUUACAAACUUCACUUGCUGUUAAUACACAUACACAUGCACAACAACCUUGUACACCACCAUAGUUUAACCAAUAGAUGUCAGUCCUUCUCCAAACAUGCAGAGCCAUACAAAACCCAACACACACAUACAUAUGGAAAACAUACUUGCUAUACAGGCUGGUUGUGGGGAAAAUAGAUGAGGUAAUUUUGGGUAGUGUUUCCACAAAAGGAUACAUUCAUAAUUUGCACUUUAAUUCAUUUUUUAAAUAAUAAUUGUAAUUCUUUUUGAAAAAUCAUCUGCUUAAUGAUUUUACAGUUAAAUUUAAUUGUAGAAUGGCUGUUUUGUUUAAAAAAACAAAACAAAACAAAAAGGUCUUUAAAUUGUAAAAGGGUAAAUGUUAUCUGAUAGUACAUGUACCAUCACUUUUGUUUAUCUGCCAAAAAAUUAAAUAUUUGACUGAGUUCUUAAUUUAAAUGGGCAGCAUGUGCCAUUUGUCUUCUGACAAUGUUUUUAGUGGUCAAUAUAAUUUGAAUUAACUUGGAAUGCCAUGUUGUUUGUAUGUCUACAUUUUCAGAAGAAGACAGAUUUUCCAGUAGUAAUUAUAAUUUUGAUGUUGAUACACAUGCUGCAGCUGAAACGAGUCAUUAUGGUACCACCAGUAUGACUUUAACACAGCAGUUUUUUAAACUUCUGACAGAAACAUUUGCUGUCUUUUAUUUUGCCCCAAAUAGAUGACAAUUAAAGGUUCCAAUUGUAACCCA